CAUCCGCACCUCGACCACCGAAAAAAAAACUAUAAUGGCAGCUAUAAAGCUGGUUUUAGAAGUUCUGUUUUUGUAUGCAUCUGCUUGUUUUGGUUCAGUAGUAGCAAGUGAAGAAGGGUUGGAAAACCUCUACAAUAAUAUCAAGGAAGACGCUACAUUGGAUACUUUUACUCUCGUGAGGAAAUACGGCUACCCAUGUGAAAUACAUCGCAUGUACACAGAAGACAAGUAUGUCCUUGAGAUGCAUCGAAUUCCAUAUGGUAAAUACAACACCAGUAGGGAGAACCGACCCGUAGUGUUAUUGCAACAUGGACUGCUAUCAACAUCUGCUGAAUGGGUCUUAAUGGGAACCGAUAAAGGAUUAGGCUACCUCCUAGCUGAAGCAGGAUAUGACGUAUGGAUGGGUAACGCUAGGGGCAACACGUAUUCACGCAGCCACGUCUCAAUAAAACCAUCCUCGACAAUAUUUUGGAAGUUUAGCUGGCACGAGAUCGGCUACUACGACCUGCCAGCCAUGAUAGACUACGUUAUAAAAGAAACUGGUUGUCCGAAAAUCCAGUACGUGGCAUUCUCUCAGGGGACCACAGCAUUCUGGGUUAUGGCUUCAACGAGACCGGAGUAUAACGACAAAAUUAUAGCAAUGCAGGCUCUAGCUCCCGUUGCUUAUGUUGGGAACAUCAGAAGUCCUCUCAUCAAGGCAAUUGCGCCUUUUACUAAUUCUUUAGAAAGAAUAAUGCGUUUGAUCGGCUCUAAUGAGUUUAUGGCGAACGGCUGGAUAAACGAGAUAGCGGGACAAAAGCUAUGCCUCGAGGAAUCCAUCACACAGUCCCUAUGCACUAACAUAUUAUUUCUACUAUGUGGAUAUAACGCUCAACAAUUGAACAGAACAAUGCUUCCAGUUGUUUUAGGUCACACUCCAGCUGGCGCGUCCACAAGGCAAAUGAUUCAUUUCGGACAAUUGUAUAAUUCAAAAAAAUUCACGAACUUCAAUCACGGUUGGCUCAAAAACAAACGCACUUAUGGCACGUUCACACCACCCGCUUACAACUUGAGUGCCAUAACAACACCGAUUUUUUUGCAUUACGGCGAUAACGACUGGCUUGCGGCCCCAGAAGACGUAAACUAUCUAUGGAGAGAAAUAAAAUCCGUUAUAGGUAAAUACAGAGUGCCGCAUCCGAAAUUCAAUCAUUUGGAUUUCAUAUUCGCGAUCGAUGCAAAAAAACUUAUAUACAAUCGCAUAAUAAAUAUUAUGUCGCGUUUUAUUUAA